UAAAAGAAGUAGUAGUAUUAGCACAAUUUCUGUCGGCCUUCGCCUGCUAAUGUUGUACACUGCCUCAGAAAAACUCAAAUGUCUGUGGUUUGACUGAACCUUUACGAGUUUCUGCGCUGUGCCCACUGUGGAAAAGGAGAGUUUGUUGAUGGUCUUCCUCCUUCCAGCAUUUCUUUGGGUCCCUCACAUUGUUGCAGCAAGUUCCGCACCCUGUGUUUCUAUUCUUUCUUCUCGCAUCUUUCCCCUUUUGCUGAGGGAAGAUCUGCUCAAAGUGUGUAUGUUGAGCUAAAUGAUGUUUAGCUUUUAAGCACCGUCAAGUACUGAUUGAUAUCGCUUUGUCACUCUGCUGGCAGAAGAACUAUUUUUUGGUCACCAUGGUACUGGGAAUGAAGGCCAAAAACAGAAAAAGCCCCUCGGUUCAGGUUGAUUAUUUAAUCCACAUUCAGGAGAUUAAGCCCUGGCCGCCAUCUCAAUCCCUAAGAACACUUCGAGCAGUUGUGAUUCAAUGGGAACACGGAGAUAGGAGUUCUGGGUCAACAAACCAAGUUGUCCCUUCACUUGGGACUGGCUCUGGUGUUGGUGAUGGGAGAAUUGAGUUUAAUGAAUCUUUUAGGCUACCAGUGACACUAUUAAGGGAACUUUCUGCCAAAGGUGGGGAUGGAGACACUUUCCAGAAGAACUGUAUUGAGUUCAAUCUCUAUGAACCGCGGAGGGAUAAAACAGUAAAAGGCCAGUUGCUAGGGACAGCUGUCAUAGACUUGGCAGAUUAUGGUGUUGUUAAAGAGACAUUAAGCGUAAGUGCUUCCAUUCACUGCAAAAGAACAUAUAGGAACACGUCACAACCACUUAUUUUCCUGAAAAUUCAGUCAGUUGAUAAGAGUCGGGUGAGCUCCUCAUCAUGGGAUCACCUGGCAAGAGAAGCAUCAGUGGAUAAAAAUGGUGUUGAUUCAGUUUCUGGAUUGAUGAACGAAGAGUAUGCAGAGGAAGCCGAGACUGUAUCCUAUUCAGAUGAUGAUGCUUCUUCACACUCAUCGCUGGCUGUUUCUUCUUCAGCAGUAGAAUCAAAUGGAGGUUCUCCCCAAAAUAAAGAGAAUGGAUUGGAAGGAAUAAAAGCUAGUGUUGGAAAGGCUGGAGAUGUACGCAUCCCUGCUUUGGAACAAACACUUGCAGAAGCAGAUGACAAGCAACUGACUACUUCAAACGCUAGUUUGAAAGGGGGCUCUUCUCGCUCUUCAUCAGUAGAUUUAACCUCUGAUCUAGCUUGGAUCACAAAGAAGAUUGGUGCUCGAAGUGUUCAAUCCACAUCAUCACCUAUAACAAAUGAAGUAACAGAGAAAGAAAUGUCCAACAUGAGAAGCCCAACUGUAUUUGUUGAAGUACCUUGUGAUAUUGAGGAAAAUGUUCUUGAUAGUGGAAGCAUUGACACUACAAGUGCCAUUGAACAGAGCAGUAAGGCAAACACAUGCAAUCCUAUUAAUAAAGAAGCUUUUUCAGAUUCAAAGGUCAAUGGGAAUGAAAUUUUGAGUUCCUUAAACUCACUUGACUCUUCUAUCGAUGACGUUGUUGAUGAUAAUGCUGCAGUUCUUAGUAAAGGAAUAUACAAGACUGAUUUACCUCAAAAUGGUUUUGCUGGAGGUGAUAAUUGUGAGAUAUACGAAGAAAAUGGAAAACAAUGGAAAUUCACAGAAGGAAUGGGACAAUGCAUGGAAGAUAAGCCAAUGGAUAGUUUUUCACGAGAUGAUUUGAGGGACCAAGAUUUCUUUGAAAAUGAUGUUCUUUCACCCAGUAGAGAACAUAUUGAAAUAAAAAGCCGUCAUCAGAAUGCAGAUAGAAACAAUAAGCAUGUGAAAUCAGUUAGGUCACCAAUGGACCAAAAUAGAAGUAAUAAUGGUUCAGCUCAGGGAAACCAGUUUAUUUCAGGUGGUAGACAAAGUGUUGGUCAAGGCUUUGUGAGCAGUGAGAGAAGAGAUAACAAGGUCCAUCCAAAAGAGACAAGAAAUAUCCUCUCUGACAGCAAAAUCAAGCAAUUGGAACAAAGAAUAAAGAGGCUUGAAGCAGAACUGAGAGAAACUGCUGCCAUUGAGGUUGGUCUUUACUCGGUGGUUGCUGAGCAUGGGAGUUCCACAAAUAAAGUCCAUGCUCCAGCUCGACGCCUGUCUAGGUUUUAUCUUCAUGCCAGCAAAGUAAAUUCCCAGUCACAAAGGGGAGGUGCAGCUAAAAGUGCUAUAUCAGGAUUGAUAUUGGUUGCAAAAGCAUGUGGAAAUGAUGUCCCUAGGUUGACUUUUUGGUUAUCAAACUCCAUUGUGCUGAGAGCAAUUAUAAGUGAAUCUCUCACCGAACAGCAACUACCUCUCUCUGGUCCAAUGAAUGGAAAGAAUGGGAUCAGGAAUGGAAAUAUGAAGUCAUCUCCACUUAAAUGGCAGUCCCUUUCCAGCAAUAGUAUCAAAAGUACUCUUGACCAAAGCUCUGAUGAUUGGGAGGAUCCUUGUACACUUACAAGUGCUCUUGAAAAAGUUGAAUCUUGGAUAUUUUCACGAAUCAUCGAGUCCAUUUGGUGGCAGAUACUUACUCCACAUAUGCAGUCUGGUGCAAUACAAAGAGGUAUAAUUCUGGACUCCAAUAAAAUGUAUCAAAGGACAUCUAGCUCAGGUGAUGAAGGAACUUUUUCUUUGGAGCUGUGGAAAAGGGCUUUCAAGGAUGCCUGUGAAAGGAUAUGUCCUGUCCGUGCUGAAGGUCAUGAGUGUGGCUGUUUACCUACCCUUUCUAGACUGAUUAUGGAGCAAUGUGUAGGUAGAUUGGAUGUGGCCAUGUUUAAUGCUAUCCUUAGAGACUCUAUUGACGAUAUUCCUACAGACCCUGUAUCUGACCCAAUUAGUGAUGCCAAUGUUCUUCCUAUUCUGGUUGGGAAGGCUAGCUUUGGGGCUGGUGCACAAUUGAAAAACGCGAUUGGGAAUUGGUCCAGAUGGCUCACUGACCUCUUUGGUAUUGAUGAUGAUGAUGGUACACUUGAAGAUGUGAAUAUCGCUUGGGAAUCUAGUGACCUUGAGAACAUACCACAGGAUACAUCUUUGAAACCUUUUAAUCUUCUCAAUUCACUGAGUGACCUCAUGAUGCUACCGAAAGAUAUGCUGUUAAGUAGGACGAUCAGGAAGGAGGUAUGCCCUACUUUUGGUCCAACAUUGAUAAGAAGGGUUCUGAACGCUUUUGUGCCAGAUGAGUUUUGCCCUGAACCCAUUCCUAAAGUUGUGCUUGAAGCGCUAAAUUCAGAGGACUCUUUUGACGAGGAAGAUUCUGUCAACUUCCCAUGCAGUGCAGCCCCUAUAGUUUAUCGUCCCCCUUCACCAGCAUCAGUUGCUGGUAUGAUAGGAGAUGCUGGUAAUCACUAUCGGCUGAUAAGAAAAGGGUCUUUAGUGCUCACAAAAUCAUACACUAGUGAUGAUGAACUUGAUGAACUGGCGUCUCCUUUAAGCUCUAUCAUUGACAGUUUACAGGGGUCAUCUUCAACAGAGACCAUCUGGGCAUCGAGGGGAAAUGGCUGCCAAAGGUAUCAACUCCUCCGUGAUGUCUGGAAGAACAGUGAGAAAUGACAAUAUGCUUGACUGCUUUGGUAUCCUCUAAAAUGUCAUUGAAUUGUGAGUUUCUGAUAUUUAAGAAAAAAAGUUGGGUGAUAGCAGAUAAAAUGCUGUUAUAGGUUACUGCUACUGGUGGGGCCUGGAUGAUCCUUUUGAAAUAUGUAAAUUAGCAUGGUCCUGCUUUAGAAGUUCUUCCAGUUUUUUGUUUCUUUCUGUUAUUCUGUCCGACUUAAAUCGUUUACCAAUAAAGUUGUUGUAUAAGAUGGGAUGUGAUGUUCGUUUCUUUUUUCA